CAUUGCUUCCUUUGUUUCUUUCUUUAUCUGUACAGUUAUCGAGGCUAGUUUCAUUGACAAUUAAUACAUGCAUAAGAUUUUAAUGUUUUUGCCUGCUUAGGUCUAAUUUUUUAUUUCGGGUUUUGAAAUUAUGCAGAGGAUAAGCAAGAAGAAUGACUAACCAACAAAAUGUGAUGGUUCUUGAUGUGAAAUCGCGUGGGGUUAGGAAUGUGUUGCCUCCAUCAUCUCUGCCGGUGGCAAAGCCCUUUUUACCACAAGACCUUAAGAUGCUAUUGGUGAAGAGGUUUGAAACUGAGAAAGGAGGAGCUAAAAUCAAUGUCUGGGUAGAUUCUAUGAGAGCUUCUUCACCUACACGAGUCAAGUCUACGGGUUCCUUACCUGAAACUGAUGAGAAAAGUGCCUGGAUUGUUCAUCAUCCCUCAGCUUUGAGCAUGUUCGAGCAAAUAGUGGCUGUUUCAAAAGGAAAACAGAUUGUGAUGUUUCUUGAUUACGAUGGUACACUGUCUCCAAUCGUCGAAGACCCGGAUCAAGCUUUCAUGCCAACAGAGAUGAGAGCGGCAGUAAGAGACGUCGCAAGAUAUUUUCCAACAGCAAUAGUGACCGGAAGGUGCAGAGACAAGGUUUACAGCUUUGUCAAAUUAGCUGACCUCUAUUAUGCUGGUAGCCAUGGUAUGGACAUCAAGGGACCAUCUAAACGUUGCAAAAACAAGAAAGGAGUUCUCUUCCAGCCUGCCAGUGAAUUCUUGCCCAUGAUUGAUGAGGUCUACAAAGCCUUGGGAGAGAAAACAAAAUCCAUUCCUGGAGCGAAGGUGGAAAAUAACAAGUUUUGUGUCUCCGUACACUUUCGCUGUGUUGAUGAGAAUAGUUGGGCUGCAUUAGCUGAGCAAGUUAGAUCAGUUCUCAACGAGUACCCUAAGCUUAAACUAACUCAAGGGAGAAAGGUAUUGGAGAUUCGUCCGACCAUCAAAUGGGACAAAGGAAGAGCCCUUGAAUUUUUGUUGGAAGCACUAGGAUAUGCCAAUUCAAAUGAUGUUUUACCAGUCUACAUUGGCGACGAUCGAACCGAUGAAGACGCAUUUAAGGUUUUACGUGAUAGAGGACAAGGGUUUGGGAUUCUUGUUUCCAAAGUACCCAAGGAAACAAAUGCUUCCUAUUCUCUCCAAGAGCCAUCUGAGGUAAAGGAGUUUUUGCGGCGUUUGGUGGACUGGAAAAAAAAAACGAAUAAGAAUGGUAUAUGUUUCAUGAUGCAACCACGUGUGGACGCAGUCACCUGCAUUUGGCCUGGCCAGUUGGAACUGCUAGACAAAAUAUAAUAAAAG